ACUGCCUUCCCGCGCCGGCUUCAGUCGGGGUGUUGAGUUCCGCCACCAGAGUUCCCGGGCCUUUUGGCCUGUGCAGGCUGUACCUUUUUAAGCAGUGGAAUUCUCCAGUGCUUUACUGUUUUCUUGUUACAAGUGUUUAUUUUAUUUCCUGUGGUGUUUCAGCCUUCAUCCCUUCACCGUUUUUUGUUGUUGUUGUUUUUGAGACGGAGUCUCGCCCUGUCGCCCAGGCUGGAGUGCAGUGGCGCAAUCUCGGCUCACCGCAACCUCCGUCUCCCGGGUUCUAGCAAUUCCAUUGCCUCAGCCUCCCGAGUCCACUCACCGUUUUUUAAAAACUAAUUGGAGUAACUGGCCUUGGAACCUGUUGUCAGUCAUUUGCCUGAGGUUUACCUGCCAGUCCCACCCGUUUAAAGCAAGGGAAUUCGACCCCCUUGUCUUGAAUGGACCUAAGAGGAGCCGUCAGUUCUCCUGUUCCCCUCUUGGUGGAUAGCCGUUUAAAACUUGGAGGAUGGACUCUACUAACUCUAGACGGCGAAGUUCUUAGAUGUUUUCGUUCAGUGGACAAAGUGAUGUUCUGGAACCUAUCAACUGCAAGUCCGCCUUCUUCCUUGGUUGACUCUGGUAUUUUUAUUAUGACUUCAUGUAUCUGCUUUGCUUUUACACAUUUAGUUAUUUAAAGUGCAACGUAGGGUCGGAAAAGUGUAAUACCUUUCCUCACCACCCACCCAUUAUAAGGAUGACAGCCACCACUGGUAAAAACAGAAGAUAGGUUAACAAGGAGAUGUUUCACCAAGCAGAAGAAUUCUUAUCUAAAACAACAAACAAUGAAGUGGAUGACAUGGACACGUCAGAUACCCAGUGGGGCUGGUUUUACUUGGCAGAAUGUGGGAAGUGGCACAUGUUUCAGCCGGAUACCAACAGUCAGUGUUCAGUUAGCAGUGAAGAUAUCGAAAAAAGCUUCAAAGCAAACCCUUGUGGCUCCAUUUCUUUUACUACUUCCAAAUUCAGCUACAAGAUAGACUUUGCAGAAAUGAAGCAAAUGAAUCUCACCACUGGAAAGCAGCGCUUAAUAAAAAGAGCCCCCUUUUCUAUCAGUGCUUUCAGUUAUAUCUGUGAAAAUGAGGCUAUCCCUAUGCCACCACACUGGGAGAAUGUGAAUACUCAAGUACCGUAUCAGCUUAUUACUCUGCACAAUCAAACACAUGAAUAUAAUGAAGUUGCCAAUCUCUUUGGGAAAACAAUGGAUCGUAACCGAAUCAAAAGAAUUCAGAGAAUUCAAAACCUAGAUUUGUGGGAGUUCUUUUGCAGGAAAAAGGCUCAGCUCAAGAAAAAAAGAGGUGUGUCUCACAUUAAUGAACAAAUGCUAUUUCAUGGUACCAGCAGUGAAUUUGUGGAAGCAAUCUGUAUUCAUAACUUCGAUUGGAGAAUAAAUGGUAUACAUGGUGCUGUCUUUGGAAAAGGAACGUAUUUUGCUAGAGAUGCUGCUUAUUCCAGUCGUUUCUGCAAGGAUGACAUAAAGCAUGGAAACACAUUCCAAAUUCAUGGUGUCAGCUUGCAACAGCGGCAUCUGUUUAGAACAUACAAAUCUAUGUUUCUUGCUCGAGUGCUAAUUGGAGAUUACAUAAAUGGAGACUCCAAAUACAUGCGACCUCCUUCCAAAGAUGGGAGCUAUGUGAAUUUAUAUGACAGCUGUGUGGAUGAUACCUGGAACCCAAAGAUCUUUGUGGUUUUUGAUGCCAACCAAAUCUAUCCUGAGUACUUGAUAGACUUUCAUUGAUUUCACUUUCAAAUCUCAGUGGUCAAGAAGGCUUUAUUCCUUUUUGCAGGAAGAUUUGCUCUCCAGUCAUCUAGCCACUAAAUGUUAAUUAUCUGAUAUGAAACAGAUAUGAAAAAAAUGUGGCCUCCACAUAAAAAGACAAUACUUAAGGUUGGUUUUUGCCUGUUUCUUAUAGUCUUGUUUGUUAAAAAUUGAUAUCAUUGUCAUUUUAACACAUAGGGGUGAAAGAUACCAUUCAAAAUGGAAUCAGAUGAGUCUCAACUAAUGUGCUCAUUCAGAACUUUAAAGUUUACAUGUGUGUUAUAAAUGACUAGUUCAAAUAGACUUAUUCGUAUAAAUGUUGAAAAAA